GAUGAGCUCUUGGCCUUCCGCCCGUCGUACUUGAAGCAAGACGGCGUCAAACCCUGCGGAAGAAGCUGCAGUGCAGCUGCUCUUGGCAUCCUGACCGCGGGCAUCGUGCGCAGAGCGCGGCGGCCGCGAGGGAUGGCAGCGGCCAAGAGCAAAGGUGACAGCCAGCCGGUCCCCACUCCGAUAGGCAGAUACUACAUGUUCAUCCUCUUGUCCACGGCCGUUCGCAGCUUUGAAGCGGGCGUGGUGGCAUCCAUGAUGCCCGCCAUCAGAACAGGCCUUCAUCUGACAUACACCAGCCAGGGCAACGUAGCCGGCUCACCCGACUACGGCAUAGUUCCCAGUGGGCUGCUGGCAAUGGCCGUUUUCCGUCGCUUCUCUGCCUUCUCGGCGCUAACGACGGGCUACUUCAUCAUCGCCGGGGUGUCGAUCUUUUGCGCUUCCCGGCCCAGCCUGCCUACACUCAUCGCUGCGCGUGCCUUGGGUGGACUGUGCUGGGGUCUGGCAGCCGUGCACUAUCCGACUUGGGUGAAUCGGUAUGGACCCGCUGACAAGCGCACCCUGUGGAUGGCAGGGAUCAAUGCCAUGCUCCUCACAGGGAUCGUGAGCGGCUAUGUAGUCGGAGGCCUCUCGCGUGCCACGGGGGCUGCCAGCUGGGAGUUUCUGUACCUCAUGGAAGGCCUACUCAUGCUCGGCUGUGGCAUUUGUGGAAGCCGAUUCGCGAGCGAUGUCGUCCAGGAGGCCGAGGAGGCGGCAGCGGAGGUAGCCCCGGGUCACGACACGUCCUUCGUUCCGAAGGAACUGAGGGCACUGGGCCGUUCGGGCCUGUUCCUUUGCACAUUGGCGGCGGGAUGCUUCCAGUCUGGAUCGGUUGGCUUCAUGCUCUACUUCAUUACUCAAGCACUGGGAGCAAUCUUCCACUGGAGUGCCCAGACCAUCUCCAUCGUGGUCAGCAUUGUAAUCACGGUGGGCCCCAUCGGCGGAAUCAUCCUUGGGGCCAACUAUUUGAACAGCGUCGGCGGCUACCGCAACUAUCGUCGUGCCAAUGCCAUGACGGCGGUGUGCGCUAUUCUUAGCCUUCUCAGCGGCUGUUGCCUACCACUGGCAGGCUCCUCGCCGGUCAUUUACGGAGCUGCCAACCUUGGUUUGCUUCUCUUCGGGGCAGCACCGACGGCCGCGAUCAAUGGCAUCGCGGUGUCUUGCGUCCCAGAAGCGAAGCACUUUGCCUCGGCCACCCAAUUCGCUGCGCAGAAUCUGGCAAAGCUCUUGAUCCCGUUGCUGGGUGGGGCCGUGAUCGACCGCAUUGGGCUGGUGCGGGGAUACCACACUGUUACCAUCGGUGCCCUCAUCUUCUAUGCCAUGGCAGCUUGCACUGCUUACCUGCAAGCUGCCCGUCAGGACGAUGAGGAUGCAGACGAGGAGUGA